GUGAACGCAGCGCGGCGCUGCCAUGUUGUUGUUCCAGGCUCGGGUCAGUUUCCAGCCGCUGGCGCUGUCUGCGACCACAACACCGCGUUUCUGAGGGACUAAACGCCGCUUUCCCGUUUAUAUCUGGACUACAACCGAGCCGCAACACUCUGCAAAAAGUCACAGGACAACCAGCGCUCCCGUCGGGUGAGGUGAAGAUGGUGGACCGGCUUGCUAACAGCGAGGCCAACUCCAAGCGGAUCGCUAUGGUGGAAAGCUGCUUCGGAGCUGCGGGCCAGCCGCUCGUCAUACCAGGCCGCGUUCUGAUCGGAGAGGGGGUCCUCACCAAGCUCUGUCGCAAGAAGCCCAAAGCACGGCAGUUUUUCCUCUUCAACGACAUUCUGGUCUACGGCAACAUCGUCAUCCAGAAGAAGAAGUACAACAAGCAGCACAUCAUCCCCCUGGAGAGCGUCACCAUCGACACGGUGCCGGACGAGGGCGAGCUGCGCAACGGCUGGCUCAUCAAGACGCCCACCAAGUCCUUCGCCGUCUACGCCGCCACUGCCACGGAGAAGUCCGAGUGGAUGAACCACAUCGGGAAGUGCGUCAGAGACCUGCUGCAGAAAAGCGGCAAGUCUCCGACGGGCGAGCACGCGGCGGUCUGGGUACCGGACUCUGAGGCGUCCGUUUGCAUGCGCUGCCAGAAGGUAAAGUUCACGCCGGUCAGCCGCCGCCACCACUGCAGGAAGUGCGGCUACGUGGUCUGCGGGCCGUGCUCGGAUAAGAAGUACCUCCUGCCCAGCCAGUCGUCCAAACCCGUGCGGGUCUGCGAGUACUGCUACGUGCAGCUGACGUCGGGAAGCCUGGCGCCGCGCUCAGACUCCAUCACCCGGCUGGGGUCAAAGUUUAACAGCAACCUGUCAGACGAUGAGGACGAAGACGACAGCAGUGACUGAGGAACGCACUCCUGACAACCAGCCACAUCUUACUCUACUCUCGCGCUCUUAUUACACUAUGUUCUCUUAUUCGCUUCUAUUUCCCCCCUGAUCUAAUCAUGAUCCACCGUGAGAAGAGUUAACGCUUCCGAGGAUUAAUUCAUUAAUUUGCUUCAGAAUUCAAGACUUUUUCUUAAACCUCAAUGUAUAGUUCCCUUUGUCCCAAUCCAGGAGAGUCAAAUACUUUACUGAACGCAGUUGUUAAUCAGUAAAAUGUGGAUUUAGCGGGGUGAUCACGAGGAGUCUGGGAUUAAGUCUGACUCUUUAUCUCGCCCCCUCCUUCGAUAAUGCCUCCUAGUUAAGAUGCAUUUAGUCACUACAGCAAACAAAGGUGCUACAUUUCCUGUCUGCACUCAAGGUUAAUUUUUUUAAUUUUUUCCCCCCGUUUUUUUUUUUUUUUUCCUGGUCUAUGAACUAAAACAAAGUGAUUGUUGGCAGUGUGCAGGGAAAAAGAUCCACCUCAAUCCUUCAAAUACCAAACAGGGCUUUUUUUUGUUACAGAUGUGGGCAUUUUUCUGCCCUAUUUUUGUAAACGUGUCCUCAUUAAUAUGCAAAAACCUUUUUGUUAGUCAUAACAAUGUAGAUAUUAUGCUAAACCCAGAGAUUAUUUUCUAGAUUACUUAAUAUAGUUGCUUCUGACAAAUCAACUAAAGCUGACUCUCUUUAACACACUUUUGUGAGUGUCCUCAUCCGCUAUCACAAAAAAUUAACUCUGCCCGCUGCCUGUAUGUCACGUAGUGCCUUCUAGAAAACUGAGCAGCCUUCACAGAGGAAGAGGUCGUCAGUUCAUGAAACCAGGCUGCAGAAAUAAAUAAAUAACCAGACUUCAUGACAGGUUGACCCUGAAGCACAUAACACCAACUGUUGUCAUGUGAUUUGUGUGUCAGCAGCAAACGGAAGAUGAAGGGAAAAUACUAAUCCGAUGGCACAAAGGGAAAGUUAGGUUUAGGUUUGGAAAAGAGGAUUUGAAAACACUCUGACCAGCCAGGGAUUGUCAAGGAGGCAGAUUUAGCUGCUAAAUCCAAGAAUCUGGUUUGGAUUUGGUUUGAGUUUCUGCCUUUUACAAACCAGAACAAGAAUAGAAGGGAGUUUUGGUCAGACAGGAGCUGAGGCAGCACACGCGAGGACAAAAAUAAAGCGCAAUGUUUGCCUUUCUCCUGCCAAGGUGAUUAUCCAUGCAGUUUCACUGACUAAAUAUAAAAAAAAAAGAAAAAGCUUAUUACUUGAAAAAUAUUUUACUUUUACUGAGAAAUGUAGAUUAACAGGUAUCUUGCAAUCGAAUCUCAGGUUACUCAAACAAGUAAGUAACGAAGCAGCAAACCAUUUCUCCUCGGUGUGAGUAUCACCUGAACGUGGGACUCGUUUCUCGCAGUGCUUGUCUGAACACAUCUGUGUCUGUGUUGCAACCAAGUUCCUGCUUUACACCCUCCUGAGGAUUCCUGGAACCGGGAUCCAGUAUCACCUCAUGGGUGGAGCUCAGUGGAAACAAAAGGGGAAAAAAAAGUGGCAACAAGAUGGAUUGUGAGUCGGGACAUCGUUGACGGCAACAUGUCAAAUAAGGCCAAGGUUUAGAGUUUUCUUCCAGAUGAACUCUUUGUUUUUUGUUUUUUUUUCCUUCGUAGAGAGUCCAUGCAGACUGUGACCUGAGAAGUGUGUGACAGACUGAACUGUUUAACUUUCUAAUUUCUUGUUGGUUUGAAAAAACUAAUUGUGAACAUGAGAUAAAUGACACGUAGAGAGUAGAGAGAUGUUCUGUUUGUGUAGAGUUUACUUUAAGUGAAUGACUAAUUUUAAUGAAAUGCAAUAAUCAAAAAGCAUCAGAGCUCAGUCUGUGUUUGCAGUCUGUGCAGCUUCUUCAUGUUCAGCAGCUCCGGAGGUUUCCUGGACUGAAAGUCAGGAAAUCUGCAUGUCGUCUUCCUGGCGGUUACUCCUCCCUGUGCUGCUCUGAGGUCAGAUGACCGCACUGAGUCAUAAAGCAAACGCACCUCCUCUGAACUCUGCCCCUCUGCGAGCUAACGCUGCCGUCCUUCCUUCCUUCCUACUUUCCUUCCUUCCUUUCUCGCGCCACCAGAACUUUCCUUCCUAUGAUCUGCAUAGUCUGGUGAUCACAUGACGCCGCGAGUGGUGACAGUCAUGUGAUCUGUCACCGAAUCAGGAACUGAAAAAGGGCUGCAGAGAUUUAGGGUUCGGUAACGCUCACAGAGUACAUGUCGUCUGGUUCAGCUGCAGCUUCUCUACAGCCAGUUUCAUUCCUUUUACUAUAGAUAGUUUCCCAAUGAGCAGCAGGUAAAGAAAACAUGAUUGCUCAGAAAACUGCUGGAAGUUCUGAACUUUAGAAAGCACAAUUUUAGUGGCAAACCCUUUAAACAAAACGGCACAUUAUUUAAUUUUUUUUAGUUUUUCUGACUACCCUUUAUCAUGUCUAAAGGAUUAGAAGUUAGAGGUUUCACUCUUAAUAAGAAAAAAAGUCUAUUUCUCACCAUUCUUUAAGUUUCUUGAGCCUAAGUCUUAGAUUUAUCCUGAGUAACUGCAUCAUUCAAACGUUCAGACUUAAAGGCAGGCUAAGUGAUUCUUCUUACCCAGAUCACGUUUUGUCUCAUUCAGUGAAUAUGCCCUUUAAAAAUAAAUAACAUAAAAUAGAACAGAUCCUCACACACGCUCUGGCUCUGGGAACAGUGUAGGGAUAGUCUGACCUCACAAGACCUAAACAAACGCUGCUCCAGCCGCCGACGGGGGAACGCUCUGUUCUUGUGCACUUGAUGUCGGGGGGAGGAGGAAAUGCCCCAACGCAUUCACAAUGAGGGGUGUUUUCUGUCCUGAGCACUCCGUGUUGUUCUGAUGUUUACUUCCAAAUGUCAACAGAUGUUAAACCAUCGGGAAAUCACUUACCCUGCCUUUAAAUCAUCAGGAUAAAUGUCUUUUCUUUACAGUAUUUAACUGUUGUUAUAAAUUGAUGAACAGUGAGCGGUUUGAGGUUUAACUGAAGACUCGGUGUGAGCAAAAAACAGAUUUUACACCUUAAAUUAGCAAGAUGUUCACCCUGUAAUCAUAGAUGUGCAGGAAAGGGGGCUAAAACAAAGGGUGUGUUGCAUCACAGUGCUGGAAAACCUCUUGCCGAAGUCCUUUGAAUUACACGUGAGCUUCACUCUUGUAAUUAACAUUUUAGCUCGGAGGCAGUGUGGACUUAUGAAUAUGCAACUGAGUAUAAUUUGAGCCUUUGAAAUCAAUAUAGAGUUCUACCCAAGUCAUUGAUAAUCAGACACUUGGAGGUAACUGCAGACGAGCUGUCACACCCGAUUAUGUCGCGGUAACAAACAUGAACCAGGUCUGACUGUCCGUUGUGUUUCUGCAGUGUACCAUGGGUAGAUUCCUGCAGAUCUUUAAUGGGUGUUUAAAAGAGAGGUUGUGGACCUGUAAAGCCUUUUGUUCUCCAGUGUUUUGUCUGCAGUUCUGCAGGUUUGGGGAAUUAAACUCCUCAGAGGUUCAUUUAUGGUUUAAACAGACAAUUAGGAUUUCUGUAAGCUUAUUUUAGAGUCAUGACUGGAACCGGAUGCUGAAAAAACACUGCAUUUUUUGCACCUCCGAGAUGAAAAAAU